ACUUGGCUGAAACACUUGUUCACCAGCGAUUAGUCCAGCAACAUGUACGCAUCAAUGGUAAUUCUGUUCGCGUUGGCAACGUGCAUCGUAACAAUGCCUGCUGACGAUGUGACAUCGAUUGUCAGUCAGAGUCAGAAGGAUCCCAAUCCGGAUGGAUCCAAAUCGAAUCACGAGGCUGGCAGCGGCACCGAGACCGAGGAAAAAAGUCACCGGAAGGACGUCAGUAGCAAUAAGAAAGAGGCGCAGACGAAAGAAAGCGAGACGGAUUAUGAUUAUUUUCUCUAUGAGGACAAUGCUAACGCUUCAUCGCUAUUGGUAAAGGGUGCAAUUGACUGGAGAGGCUACUUCCGAGGAUGAUGAUAACUAGGUGAAAGACUCGCAUUGCCGUCCAGCAUAUAUGUGAAUUGAAGUUGAGAUCCACGAUAAUACUCGAUGAUAUAUCGAACGAUGAGUGUUGCUGUGUCACACCCAGAAAAAAAUGACUAAAUUAAUAAAUAUUUAUUUCAAUACUGCCAAAUGAAUUAUUUAUUUGAAAUAAAUAAAUAUUAAAUACAAAUAAAAAAGGUCUAAGAGUCAUACACGGAUGUUUCUUGCGUACAUCUCCAACAAAAAUUAAUUUUUGUUGAAAAUAAACGAUAAAUAAAUAUUCAUU